UGAACAAGUUCUGAGCUGUGACCAGCAUUAGACCAACAACAGUCUUUAAACCUUCUUUGACCUCUCUCUUUCUCUUUUGUUGUUUUCUUCUUUUCAACUUUCCUUUAUCUUGUUUUGGGCAUUUGCAUUCACUUGCCUCGGCUUGAUCUUCAGGCCAGAGGCCAAAAAAGAAACAGGUGUAACUUAAACCUUGUUCUGUCAGAGAAAAACUUACAUAUGAAUAACCAAGGAAGUCAGAACGUUGCAACUUGCAAGCCAGUCACUACAUUUGUCCACACAGACACCAACACCUUCAGAGAGAUCGUGCAGCGCUUGACAGGUCCAUCAGAGAACAACAAUGCUGCAGCAGCAGUAGCAGAUCCAACAGCUAUAAAACCCACCACACAGAAGAAGCCGACUUCUAAGCUCCAUGAGAGAAGGCAAUGUAUUAUGAGGCCAAAGCUUGAAAUUGUCAAACCUCCUCUGAGCUUUAAACCCACUAGUACAACACCAUCAUCUAAAUCUGGUAAUACCAACCUUUUAACAAGUCCAGUGGGCACCACACCUUCUUCAUUGUUCUCUAACCUGUCCUUGAUAGAAGGGGAUAAAGAUUGCACAGAAGAAGAAGAAGAGAAAGCCAUUAAAGAGAGACGUUUCUACCUACAUCCAUCGCCAAGGUCUAAACCAGGGUAUACAGAACCAGAGUUGCUUACUUUGUUCCCUUUAACAUCUCCCAAUUCCAGUGGCAGACCAUAAAAUUCCACAGAGUAAUCAUAAGCCUGUUCUCAAACCUACUAUCCCAAAAGAUCAUGUACAUGUAAACAUUUGUCUCUGUAACAUUUCUGCAAUGUGCUUUUCUGUAGACCAUUAUCAUCUUAGCUUUUGCAGCGUUUUGUUCAGAUUAUAUUAUAUCAAAACGCCACUGGCUCUUUCAUCUGUAUAGGAAUCUAUUUCUAAAAGCAAGCAAAGGUUUAUAGACUUGGGUGUUGGCCUGUUCGG